AUGGCGGUUGUCGCUACUAUCAAGUGCGUCGUCGUUGGUGACGGUGCUGUUGGAAAGACUUGUCUUCUCAUCAGCUAUACAACAAACAAAUUCCCAUCCGAAUAUGUCCCGACUGUCUUCGACAACUACGCUGUCACUGUUAUGAUCGGUGAUGAGCCAUACACUCUCGGACUAUUCGAUACUGCUGGUCAAGAAGAUUACGACCGGCUGCGACCUCUGUCAUAUCCCCAAACCGAUGUCUUCCUUGUUUGCUUUUCCGUCACCUCGCCCGCUUCAUUUGAAAACGUUCGCGAGAAAUGGUUCCCCGAGGUCCGCCACCACUGCCCUGGUGUUCCCUGCUUGAUUGUUGGCACUCAGGUCGACUUGAGAGAUGAUCCCAGCGUCCGUGAGAAGCUGUCAAAGCAGAAGAUGCAGCCAGUGCGACGAGAGGACGGUGAGCGAAUGGCCAAAGACCUAGGUGCGGUCAAGUAUGUCGAGUGCAGUGCCCUUACCCAGUACAAACUUAAGGAUGUGUUUGACGAGGCUAUUGUGGCUGCUCUCGAACCCCCCGCCCCAAAGAAGAAGUCACACAAGUGCCUCGUCCUAUAA